CCUCCACAUCCCAAGAAACCACAAAACAAAGAGAACUACAUACAUCAAAUAAUUCAGCUACAAGGAAAGAACAAAAGAUGGAGAAUUGAGCCUUGGAACUGUUGCUUGUGCUGUUGUAAUUUGUGCUCACGCCCGUCAAACCAAGGAAUUCUGAUGGCACCACCAGCAUUCCUAUCCAAUGGUGCCACUUGCAAGACAUGGGGUGUUUAUGGGAAACUCCUUCGAUUGUUCUUGGCAUUCGCCUCCUUCCCCAACCUCCCCUAUAAAUUGCCUCCCAAAACCGAACCAACCAAAGCAAAAACCGCCGUCUCCUCUUCCUUCUUCUAUAGUAAAUGAUUGAGAUGCCCAAUUCUGAUGUUGUUUAGCGAGAUUCAGAGGUGUAGAGGAGAGAUGGAGUGGGCGAUGAAGAUCUCCGACGAUGCCUGGGCCUCCUCCCUCGCCGCACCGACACCAGCGGACGGCGACGACCAUCAAGGGCCACGCUUUGCGAUGAAUCAGAGCCCGCUGGCAUGGCAGUUGGAGAACGUUGUUGCCGCCCCUACCAGCCCUAGCCCGACUCCGGAUCACAUCCCUAAGUCUAUUUCCUGUGCUCCUCCCUCUGAUCCUUGCGGUGGAGCGGUGCAGGAUGGUGAGAUGAUGGAGAUCGAGGCCCCUGUUUCCGUCGAUGAUCAGCCAUCCAAUCCCUUCGCUGGCGUCGAUCCACAGGAGUACGCCUCGCUUCUGAAGCGGAAGCUUGAUCUGUGCUGCGCCGCAGUUGCCAUGUCUCGUCAGAGUUCUAAUGCAGAUCUCCCAAGUUCACCAGCUUUAGAUUCUUCACAGUAUGGAUCUCAGACACCUACGAGGGAUAGUGGAUCUACUGGGCUUCCAUCUUUUACUGAAAUGAAGAACUCAACUGUCUCAGGGAAGCCAGUUGCCAGUGGAUCAACCACACAUCUGUCAGAUGAUGAUGAACUUGAGGAGGAGUUAGAUACAACUAAGAAUGCAGAUGGUGUGCGUAUGAAACGUAUGAAGAGGAUGCUUUCAAAUAGAGAAUCAGCAAGACGUUCAAGAAGGAGAAAACAAGAACAUCUGAAUGAGCUUGAGGCACAAGUCUCACAAUUGAGAGUUGAGAACUCAUCACUUUUAAGGCGUCUUACUAACAUGAACGAGAAGUACAAUGAAGCUGCUGCUGAUAACAGGGUACUAAAAGCAGAUGUGGAAACUUUGAAAGCCAAGGUGAAGAUGGCAGAGGACACCUUAGGUAGGGUAACCGGCAAGAGUCCUCCACUGUAUCGGGCGCUUUCUCCCAUUUCAACAAUUAACAUGCCCUGCACUGGGAACUCCUCAUCUGAUGCCACUUCUGAUACUGCUGUUGUAAUCCAAGAUGACUCAACUCACUUCUCCCAGGCUUUGGCACACGACAAGAAGUCCAACACUUGCUUACUGGAACUCGCCUCUGCGUCACUGAUCAAAGAUGUCACACAUGGGACUGCAGCCAGAGGGAAGAGGAAUCGAGCUGCUUCCAUGAAACGGGUGGCCAGCUUGGAGAACCUUCAGAAUCGGAUCUGCAGAAGACGCAGUCCCUGCACGCCGGUGCAGGUGGAUGCUGUUGCAUGGGAUCCUGAGGCCACUCUUGACAACAAGAACCAGGAAUAACGUAGUUCUGGAACUGUUGGUCACAAUGCUAUCUUGUUAGCCCAACGACGGAGGCAGGAAAUUGCUUCCAUUGUCAUCUCGGAUGCAUGAAAGGCGCCACUUUUUAUGCUCUGUUUGUGGUGUUCAUGAGUUCUAUCAAGCCAGUUCUUCAAUUUUCCACGUUGUUGCUUGACAUGGAGUCCAAUUCCCUCCGUGGCAUACAAGCUUAAAUUAUCAAAUGUAGUUCCUUGUACAAUCACAUGCUCAUGUGAGCAGCAUACUAUCCUAGCAUUACUUUGAUGUGACUAUAAAAGCUGUUUUAUUUGGCACCAAAAA